AUGAUUCUUUGGCAAAAUGAAGUAAUGAUAUUGAAAACAAUUAAUAAUGAAGCCGUUAUUAAAUAUAUAUUUGAUGGUAUCUAUGGUGUCAGUUAUUAUUUAGCCAUUGAAUAUCAUGAAUAUGGUUCAUUACAAAAAUAUCUUAGCAUGAAUACGUUAUCUCUCAGAUUAUGUUUAGAUUUUUUAUUAUCAUUAGCCAAUGGUCUAGAUUAUUUACAUUCAGAACACUAUGUCGAGAGUAAAUUAAUAAAAUCAACCAUUGUCCAUCGUGAUAUUAAGAGUCAAAACGUUUUAGUUAAACAAAAUCUUCAAUUGUGUCUAGCUGAUUUUGGUGUAGCACUUGUUCUUCCAGAAACAUUAACAAUAAAAGAUUUUGUACAGCUUGGAACAAUUCGCUAUAUGGCACCUGAAUUGCUAGAAGGUGUUAUUACUUAUACAAGAGAAGCAUUAUGUGCCGUUGAUAUCUAUGCAUUAGCUCUAGUUAUGUGGGAAAUUGGAACACGUUGUAUAGAUUAUCCUAAUGUUUGUGAUUAUCAACAACCGUAUGAUGAAUAUUUAAAGAAUAGUGACGAAUAUAAAAAUCGAAAUGUACAUUUAGAACAUAUACACGAUGUUGUAUUAUACAAAAAACUUCGACCAUCAAUCAAUUUAACAAAUGUUACUAAUCAGGUAGUACUAGAAAUAUUCAAUAUGAUUGAAGAAUGUUGGUUGAAAGAUUCAGAUGCACGUAUGAACGCGAGAAGUGUUGCAUGUAAACUCAAGACACUUUCAGCUCAAAUUCAAUCAUGA